AUGUUCAGAUGGCUCACAGAAGCCCGUCUGCUUUGCGACCCUGACGACGAGUCUGGGAACCUUCCAAACUACGCAGAAAAUCUCAUGCACCAGUUGCAAGGAUAUGACGAUCUACCAAACACAAGUGAUAUUCGGCCGAGAUCCCAAGCAUCAGAUAUCGAGGUUCAUGUUGCUGCAGCAAAUGAAGGGCCCAAGCUCCUCAGAGUUGACCCUGACGGUAGCCGACAGCAUGUCAGCUUUCAAGGGAGCGAGAGGUACUCGUUUGAUGACCAGAUCUACGCUGCUCUCUUAGAUGGAGGCAGAGCAUCACUUUCAAAUGCGGAGGCUGCUGGGGUUAUCGUCCUCAAGCAAACUACACUCUCAGCCGCAACAGCUACUGUGUGCCUCAUUCCACCGUGGCUGGUGAGCCAACCUGGGAAGAAGAAGAUUUCUCUGGGCUGCAUUGGCCUGGCCCUUAUGCUUCUACUCUAUCAAAUCUAUACUACUUUACGCGCCUGCCGAUCCAAUGUCACUCGAACCAACAAGGGUACCGAACUUGCCAACAAUAUUUCCAAGCUACCGACCGAGAUCCUUGAUGACAUCUUCGCGGCCAUGGGACGCGACAUGCCUCCCGAGUCUUCUCAUCUAUUGCCCCAGAGACUAGGGAAGGAUCAACUCAAGGCCGGGUCCUGCGGUCUUCUUCCCUGGCUGUGGGAUAUUGAUCCAGCUUGCGUCGACGCCAAAGACUCUGAGCCCUGUCCUGGUGGUGAGUCUUUCGAGUGGGACUGGGAGCUGUUGGUGCGGCAGCUCAGCCGGAGCGUUGACUACGGUGUUCUCCCAGAUGUACCUGACACUAUCAGAGCCACACCCAGUGUCACUGGCCCUCAAGGCAAACCGACUAUGGCAGGGACUGGCUAUCACACUGAUUUAGCCCAUGUAACCGCUGGUCUACACAAACGACGUCGCAUAUGGCAGCUACUCGAAGAGAUAUUCGUCGGUGAUACAUUGCCAUGGCCAGCUAGACAACGUUGUCGCUAUGCCUGCUGGUCACGCAUGGAGACGCAAAAGCAGGACAUUCCCUUGUGCUGGGACAAGACUGGAAACAUUUUGGCCCGUCCUAUCUGGCUUCCUUCCAUAGAAUUUGGAUACUCGGAUAAUCCAACAAGUGAGGGCCAUCCCAUGUUCUUCAAGAGGCUUGGGGGUGGGGUACACAGGAGAUGCGGCAAGGCGAGACCUCAGUACUGGCAGCGGCGUGAAGUGGAGAAGAAGCAUGGUGACGAGACUGGUGAGACUGAACAGCAAGGCGAUACUGAGACUCCGGCAGCGACUGUUGAAGAAAUCUAUGCCGUCCUUCGAAAGCUUUCAUAUCCUGUCUGA